AUGCCUGCAGUUUGGUUUGCUCUGAAAAGAUCCCUGCGUUGCAAAACAAAACAACGGGACGUGCACGAUCCGGACGGCACGAAAAAGUUAAGCAAGAUAUCGACAAAAAGGUCCAACUCCGGCCGGUCGGGUUGCUCGAGGUCCAUAGCUAACCUUAAGGAUGUCGUGAUCCACGGGAGCAAGCGGCACACCGGAACAAAACCGACGAUUUGCAGCCCGAGGUCCAUCGGCAGCAGCGAAUUACUGAACCCGAUUACUCACGAGGUCGUGCUGAAUAACUCCACUUGCGAGCUCAAAGUGAGUGCAGCGGGCCACGGUUUUAACGAAUCUAAUUUUGUCGGCAUGUUAAAGCCCGGGACUCCGGGACCGAUGGGCUUUCAUGUGGGCAGAGGGGAUAGGCCGGGCUUUCUUGGCAGCCCGGUCAGGCGGACAGCUAGCAGUCUGUCUAGGAGGAGUUCCGGUUUGGGUGUUGUCUCGGCUAGGCCGAGGUCAUCGUUCGGGCCGGACUCGAAUGGCGUCUCCAUAAACUCCCGGUGGUCGAACGGCGAUCAGGUCACUGCCAUGGCGAGUUCCGGUGGCUCCCGCUCAGCCCGGCAUGGCAGGUCCUCCCCGACCGACGCGCAUCUCUUCGAGGCGUCUUCUCCGGUGACCAUAGCAGGUGGUGGAGGUCGAUUUUCAAGCUUCCAGUGGUGUCGAAACGUCGGGUGA